ACGAAACAACAUGGCAGUUUGCAAUGAAGUUUGUCUUACUAUAAAAUGGAGUGGAAAGGAAUAUUCCAUAGACAAAUUAUUACCAACAGACACGGUGGGGUAUCUGAAAGAAGUGAUAAAGGAAAAAACUGGAGUCUUACCCGAAAGACAGAAACUGUUAGGUUUGAAAUAUAAAGGUAAAACUCCCGAUGAUGAUGUGCGCCUGAGCACCUUAAAUUUGAAGUCUAACACAAAGAUUAUGAUGAUGGGAACAAGGGAGGAAAACUUAGCUGAAGUGAUCUCUCCUUCAGAGGAGUUAUUAAACAAUCAAGUGAUAAAUGACUUUGACAUAGAGGAAGAAGAGAUUCAAAUAGAAAACAGAGACGAGAACCUUGCAAAAAUAGAUAAAAGGAUAUCAGAUUAUAAAGUGGAAAUACGCAAUCCACCAAGAGCUGGAAAGAAGCUGCUAGUUCUUGAUGUUGAUUACACGAUAUUUGAUCACAGAUCAGUUGCAGAGACAGGUGUGGAACUUAUGAGACCAUAUCUCCAUGAUUUCCUCACUGCUGCCUAUGAGCAUUAUGACAUCGCUAUAUGGUCUGCCACCAGUAUGAAAUGGAUAGAAGCUAAAAUGAAAGAACUUGGUAUUUUAGACAAUCCAAAUUACAAGAUUUCCUUCCUUUUGGACAGUGGAGCAAUGAUUACUGUUCUGUCAACAAAAUAUGGUCUUAUUGAGACUAAGCCACUAGGUGUCAUUUGGGGAAAGUUUGAGGAGUACACCAGCAAAAACACUAUUAUGUUUGAUGACCUCAGAAGAAACUUCCUCAUGAAUCCUCAAAAUGGCUUGAAGAUUAGACCCUUUCGAGAAGCCCACAAAAAUAGACACAAAGACAAAGAACUUUCAAAAUUAACAAAGUACUUGAACAAGAUUGCCAAACUGGAUGAUCUCAGCGAUUUAAACCACAAGCAUUGGGAGAGCUACAAGCCAUGAAAAGUAAUUUACUCUGUUGAUUUAAGUGAAACUAAUAUGAAGAUAAUGCCAGGAAGUCAGAACAAGCUGAAUGAGAGAAAAUUUUCUUGAUAGCAUAACUUUUGUACAUAACUUUUAUUUUGUAUGAAUUUUAAAGCUUUAAAAACAAUGUUGACUGUGCCCUCAACUUGCAUGGUAAUUGAACAAAUAUACAUCAGCCAUCCUGGGUAUCUGGCAUUGAAAAUACCUCUAGAAUGUUAGCUAUUAAUUUUAUGCACACCUUUUUUAUAGUCAACCUGAAGUUAAAUAUAGGUGGUUGUUUACAUUUUCAUCAGUUUAAUGGUGCAAAUACUGGUUUCCAGUUUUUUCUUUUUUUUAUCAGGUUUCAUAAAUAAUUGAAGCUUACAGUUGAAAGCUCCGUGUUGCUUGUUACUUUUAGGGUAUAAAUUGUGUCUCUGCACCUUUCUACUCUCUACAAAAUAGUAACAGUAACUGUCAAUUUAUUUUUAUUAUUUUGUUUUAUUUGAGUAAACAGUUCCCCCAUAAGCCCUCUGUUUAUGGAAUAACAUGUACCUCUUACAAUAAGUGAACACAAAAUAUCUUAGACAGGCAAAUGUUAUUCCUUACUCUUGGUUACAUCCCAGCCUCUUUCUUGGUAACCCCAAAAAGAGGGGGACCAGAAGUAUCAAGUGAUACUAGACUAAGUGUACCAACACUAAUGUUUUCAUCUACUGAAGUAUGUGCACAAACCAUUUAUUAAAAUAAUGUGAUUGAAA